ACCAAUCUAGUUAAAGUAUGGGGUACCCGUUCUAGGAGUCGCGGCAACAUUGCUGGUACAACAUUAAUCGCAUCUAAACUUAAGCGAACAACGCGUGACUCGCAGGACUGAGUGCGACCGGCAGGCCAAAGCUAACAUUGCUUAGGAUCGGGUUUUGUGUUAGUUAAGUUAAGUUAGUUUGGAUCAUUUCGGUGAGAUUUGGAAACAGCCAUGCGGCGAAUAAAGCCGGCAUGAGUUUCCCGAUUUUCCGUGGAAAAAUGGCCCGGUACCAUUGGGAGUUUUAGCACGCGAGUACCACAAUGUUCAUCCGCAAAACGGUCCACGUGUAGUGCGGUUCCAAACCCAGUUCUCGUGUUGUCUUUUUCGGUUUCUCGUUUUUAAUUUUUCGUUUUAUUUCAACAGCAUUCGGCAGGUCGAUUCUGAACCGGUUUUCUCCGAAGUUGGAUCACGUCGUUGAGUGAGACCAUUGCUAGCCGCUUGGCCGCCUGAUCGCGCAGACUUUUGGCUAUUUCUCGGCUGACUGGUACGAGUGACUCGUACCGUUCAAUUGGUACCUGCGGGUUCACCACGCCGUCCUUAAGGAGCGUAUAUGCGCGUGUGUUUCGGGACUCUUUGCUUCUCGUCGAGACUCAACACGGCGUCCGACGAGGAAGCGAUCCAUCAGGUUGUGAUUUCCAGUGGCGGAGGCGGGACUUCUUUAGACAGUGGCGCAGUCCGAGCUGGACUAGUGAAUGAACUAGAAAACGAAACUAUGGCCGAGGGCGGCUCUUGUGGGGCGCCCAUGGGUGGGACUGAGGAGCUACUUAGACUUGUCGCUGAACGAGACGAAGAAAUUCGGAGACUUCAAGCGGAGUUGGCUCUAAGGAAUCGCGAGAUUUUCGAGCUGCGUUCUCAACUGGAUAAGUUCCAGUCGGUAAUGGCCAUCACACACAGUCAUCCAGCUAGCCCUAAAGGGCUGGGCGGUCAGCUGCGGCCCCGCAAGCAAAGGGCUGGCAUUUCGGCCGAACCUCAGAACGAGAAAAGCAUCUUGGAGAUGAGCAGCACCACCUUCCCCACCAUUUACAAAGACGAAAGGUUUUUCUGCGAAAAUGUUUCGAUCAAAUGCCGAUAAUGUAAGUGCAACUGUAUGGCGCGCCAUCGUUUAAGGUUCAUCCUGCAACCGAAAUGAAUGCUUAUGCGAUGAAGCAAUAUUUAAACUUGCUUGAUGGACCUGUUUUGCCAGCGUGAUGAGGUGGUUUUCUGAUAAUAAACAUUUUAGCCGA